UCCACCCCCUCCACCCCCACGCGGACGCGGACGAGGCCCAGCGCCGUGCCCGCCACCUUCCCCCGCGCCCGCCACCGCGCCGAUCUCGGCCGACGGGGGGCCCCGGCUCGGGCGGGCAUGGGCACGUGCGUGUCGCGGCCGAGCGCGUGCGUGGGGAAGCCCAGCACGCCGCGCUCCGGCGAGGCGGCGCGGGCCGGGGGGGCCUCCUCGCGCAGGCGCCGCCGCCGCGGGGGCAAGGGCCGGAGGAAGGCGCCCUCCCGCGCCGCCUCCAUGGAGACCAUCCAGGAGGCCGAGGGGCCCCCCGACCCCUCCGCCUCGGCCUCCGGCGACUGCCGGACCUACAGCAACCCGGCCUUCCAAGUCACCGGGAGCAUGGAGGAGGCCUGGUACGACUCCUUCGCCAUCAGCGAGUCAGACGGCGAGGACGAUUUCCACAGCGUGCAAGAUGAUGCCUUUUCACUCAACGGCUUCGAGAACGAAGCCGCAUUGAGUAUGAGGGAUGCCAAUGGUGGGAGCUUCAACGGAGCUGAAGACCACCAUAGGAAGCCAAGGUCCAGUGAGCUGCCAAAGGGGAAUUUGGAGAACGGUGCGAGGCCCUCUGCUAGCCAUGAGGAUGGGGUGAGUGUUUCAGGUGGUGCUAGCCCAAAUAGUGGAGGGAUACUGGACAAUUGCGGUCUCCUGCCAAAUAACUGUUUGCCAUGUAUGGCCUCUGCUGUUGGUGUGAAUGAGAAGAAGAGGGCGCUUUCCACAAGCCCGACUCAUUCGAUGAAGAUGCCUUCGUUGAAGCUUUCCUUCAAGAAGAAGUCCGGGGAAGCCAACCCGUCGUCCACGCUAUUGUCUACAAAGGAUUUCCUUGAAAGGCCUCUAGCAGGUUCUCAAGUACAGUUAUGUUUGCUGGAAAAGAAAGUGCUGAAUAGCUGGUCUCAUAUUGAUCCUGGUACAUUCAGAGUCCGGGGAUCUAACUAUCUCAGGGAUAAAAAGAAAGAGCUUGCUCAAAAUUGUGCGGCGUACUAUCCAUUUGGAGUUGAUGUAUACUUAUCGCCGCAAAAACUCCAUCAUAUAUCUCGAUUUGUCAAGCUUCCUGAUAUUCAAACCUCCAGCAAACUCCCACCUCUUUUGGUGGUCAAUGUACAGGUUCCACUAUAUCCUGCUUCGCUCUUUCAGAAUGAAACCGAUGGGGAAGGCAUGAGCUUUGUUUUGUAUUUUAGGCUUUCCGAAGGUUACUCAAAAGAGCUUUCACCCUUAUUCAUAGAGAAUAUCAGAAGGUUGGUUGAUGAUGAUGUAGAAAAAAUAAAAGGAUUUCCUAUGGAAACAAGUAUAUCAUUUCGGGAACGGCUGAAGAUACUUGGACGGGUGGCUAAUCUGGAGGACCUUCCUUUAAGUGCCGCAGAGAGGAAGCUAAUGCAUGCAUACAACGAGAAGCCUGUGCUUUCUAGACCUCAGCAUCAAUUUUUCCUGGGUGAUAACUACUUCGAGGUUGACAUUGACAUGCAUAGAUUUGGCUACAUCUCAAGGAAAGGUUUCGAGACAUUUCUGGACAGGCUAAAAAUAUGCAUGCUAGAUGUUGGGCUAACCAUCCAGGGAAACAAACCUGAAGAACUGCCUGAGCAGGUCUUGUGCUGUGUUAGGUUGAACGGGAUAGAUUAUGCAAAGUAUCAGCCCCUGAUGACAAACGGUGCCUGAACUUGGUGACUUGCAAGGACCAGCUAACCAUUGUUUGUUUGGGAUCUGGGAGGUGGCCUGAUCAUGCCAAGGCGCGGCGAGGCCCCUCGAGGUCUCCGGCCAGGAAACCGGAGGCGGACUCGUUGGUCACCGCCGUAAGAAGCGCGAGCGGCUGCAUGUAAAUCUGUAUAUCAUUACAUGAGCUCCGAUUGCCUCUGCUGUUGUUGCUGCCCGUGAUUCUGGAGUUAGUAAAUAUGGCUAAUUUGCCCGUGAAAUGGUAGGUUUAGAUGCGCUGUCUCGAAACAAAAAAUAGGUAGGGUCGGGCGCACCUGGAACAUGAGGAGGAUCUGUGGUGAACGCGAGCUGCUUGCAAUGGUGUGGAAUGUGAACACCGGAGGCGUUGUAUAAGUGUAACCCAUACCUCAUGAUCUCACAUGAGACGAAAAAUAAUGGAGCAUGUUCUGCAAGCCUGGAACACA